UUCUCAAACCACCAGCUCUCUACUCAGUUUUAAAGCCAACUAAAAUGGCGUCCAAGUUUCUCAAGCUUCAUCUUCAAACCUCCAAAAACCCGACCCCAUUCCCUACGCAGCACCACAACCACCAUUCUCAUCUUGCUUUCAUCAACUCAAAUGCCUCCCACAGGUACAAGAUCCCCUCUCUAUCAAUUCAGUCCUCCCUUUCCUCUUCCACACCUCCCUCCUCCAAAGAAGAAGCCAUCCUCCAAGCCAAAACAUGUCUUUCCACCUGCUUAGAGAAGCCUCUCAACAAUCCCAAGCUAGCAGGCAAGCUCAAGAAGCUAAAACAACCCAGGUUCCAAGUUGAAAUCCCACUCAUUGAUGACUCACAAUCAUCUCUUUCUCAACUAGCUCUUGAUAUCUUUAAAGAUAUGUCCAUCAGAAGGAAAGGUUCUUUGGUUGAGUUUUUAGUGUUUUGGCCUAAUGUAAGCUUAAAAGAAGCUGGAAUUCAAGCAUUUGAAUCAUGUCUAUUGAGCCAUAUUGAACAUAUUGACUUGGCUUCAGUUAACAGAAAUAACAGAAUUUUGAGUUCUGCUGAUGUAGCAGUUUUUCUGGCGCCAGAGCCUGCGCAGCUUGCUGUUAUAAAAACAAUAGCUGACAGUUUGUACCCAAAGCCGGUGGUGAUUUUCAACCCCAAAUGGGGUUUCGAGGAAGAGAGUGGGUUUGGUGAUUUGAAAGGGUUUGUAGGAUCUUUUGAAGUGAUUUAUUCAUUCAUGGGCUUAGAGGUUAGGGGUGUUGUGAGUAAAAGGAAAGGAAUGGUUUUCAAGUGUGUUAGAGAUGGUGUUUUGAGUGGAGAGCAAUGGGCAGUUCUUGUUGAAGAAGAUGGUGAAAUGAAGGUAGCUUCAAGGUUCAAGUCGCGGCCAGGGAUCGAGGAAGUUGAGAAUGUGUUGUAUAAUUUGAUGGCUAUCAAUUCACCUAUUACAAAAUCUGCCAAGUUCUUGAGGGACUUGGUGUCUAAUGUUACUGGAAAAAAGUAAGUGUAGUUGGAUUUCCAAGUUUGAUCUAUCAUGAUCUUUUCCCUCAUGGUUUGAGGAGUUUUAGAGCUAUCUGUUGAAUUUUUAUCAAUGCAAUUGACUGCUAGUUGUAUUGAACCUUGUGCUUCUCUGAAUUUGACUUUCAUGCUACUGUUCUAGAGUCAUUGAUAUUGAUAUUCUGUGUAUUCUGGCAUAAGAAUGUUCCUAUGCCCGCAACUCCCUCUCUGGAUAAGGAGGAUUGGUGUAAAGUAAUUAACAAAAAAUGGAAAAUGAGAAGUUCAAAAACAAGUUCAUUUCAGUUGUUUGGUGGACUAAGCUACUGCAGCAAUGGGAUCAAAAAGGAUAGGGAAGAUCGACAAAUAAACUUGUUGGUGCCUUAUAGCAAUGGAAAACAUUGCACAUGUCCUAUGUUGUUUGUUGUUUUUCCUUUGUCAUUUUGUGAGUGAAGAAAAAAAGAUAUUGUCAAAUGGACAUAUCAAGCAGUUGAAACAUACUUUGUAACUCAAAAAGUCAGCAACCUACCAUACUUGUUGGUGUUGAUGGUUGAAUGCUUGAAUUCUGAUGUUAUAGCCCACCAGCCAUAUCUGUGACCAUCAUUUCCUUUUGGGAAACAUUGGAUUAGUAUGAACAAAUAAGUACUGCAGAUUUGCUUGCUCAGUUGAUACUGUAUUAAAUUACAGGUUUGGCAGUUGCCCUGUCUAAUUCCUGAGAGAAUGGCACAAUCUUAAUUAUUUUCUUAA